AGAGAGAGAGAGAGAUUUUGAUAACUCUGAUAAUGGCGAUUGGAACAGAAGACGAAGAGAAGCGAUUGAUGCAAAAGAUCGCUAGGGUUUUAGAUGAAACUCGAGUGUCGUAUGCAACUCACGUACGGAAGCUCAAAGAUCUCUUGAAUCUCCGAUCAUCCUCGUCUGACCGAUUCUUCUCCGCAUUCUCCAAAUCCCUAAUUCCUCUUUUCAAUUUCCAACGCCGAAAUGCCUCCGCCGAACGUAUCGUCCGUUUUGUAGCUAUCUUCGCCGGCACUCGCGACGCGAACAAUGAAUCCGUCAGAGAUGCUUUUUUGGAGGAGUUCUUGCGGUUCCUCAUCGUCGCGGCUACCGCUGCCAACAAAACCGCCAGGUUUCGGGCCGUUCAGAUAAUCUCCGAGAUCAUAAUGCGAUUGCCGGAUGACGCAGAAGUGAGCAAUGAUCUGUGGGAUGAUGUGAUAGAAUGCAUGAAGUUGCGGGUGGGUGAUAAGGUCCCUGUAAUCCGUACUUUCGCAGUUAGAGCUCUUUCACGCUUUGCAAAUGAUUCGGAGAAUGAUGACAUCCUUGACUUAUUCCUUCAGGAACUGCCUUUAGAACAGAAUGCUGAGGUUCGUAGGACAAUAAUACUUGCUUUGCCUCCUUCAAAUGCAACCUCAAUGGCAAUUGUCAAUUGCACACUGGAUGUGAGUGAGUCCGUACGCAAAGCAGCAUAUUGUGUUCUGGCUAGUAAAUUUCCCCUCCAGAGCCUCAGUAUCAAGCUCCGGACAAUUAUUCUCCAGAGAGGACUUGCUGAUCGUUCGGCAGCUGUGACAAAGCAGUGUCUGAAAUUAAUGAAAGAUGAGUGGCUUGUGAAGCAUUGCAAUGGCGACCCAAUAGCGCUUCUCAAAUAUCUUGAUGUUGAAACCUAUGAAUUGGUUGGGGAGUCUGUAAUGGUAGCUCUUUUAAAAGCUGGUUUGGUGAAAGUGCAAGAUGGUCAAAGCAUCAGGCAAUUUUUAGACUUAACCAGCUAUGGAACUGAAGGGCACUGCAACUCAAGCAUCCAACUAAUGGAAGCAGAAGUUGCCCUUUAUUGGAGGACUGUAUGUGAGCACUUGCAGACAGAAGCACAAGCAAAAGGUUCUGAUGCUGCUGCAACAAUGGGCACUGAAGCAGCAGUAUAUGCAGCAGAAGCUUCAGACAGCAAUGAUCUUCUGGAGAGAGUUCUUCCCUUGACUAUUUCUGACUAUGUAGAAUUGGUUAGAGCUCAUCUUGUUGCUGGACCAAAUUACCGUUUUGCAUCACGACAACUACUACUGCUUGGUGCAAUGCUUGAUUUUUCUGAUGCCACAAAUUGGAAGGUUGCUAGCGCAUUUGUGAAGGAGUUACUGCACAGGCCUAUUGACAUUGAAAUGGAUGACAAUGGCAACCAGGUUAUCAUAGGAGAUGGCAUCAAUCUUGGUGGAGACAGAGAUUGGGCUUCUGCAGUGUCGGGGUUGGCAAGGAAGGUUCAUGCUGCUUCUGGUGAAUUUGAAGAAGUUGCUGUAGGGGUUGUAGAGGAGCUUGCUCGGCCUUGCAGGGAAAGAACAGCAGACUUCUUGCAGUGGAUGCACUGCCUUGCAGUGACUGGCCUCCUCUUGGAAAACAUAAAUUCAUUCCGUUGGAUGCAAGGAAAGGCCAUUGAACCUGCUGAAAUACUGCAGUCUUUAUUGCUUCCAGGGACAAGACACGUUCACUUGGAUGUUCAGAGGGUUGCUACCAGGUGUCUUGGUCUUUUUGGUUUGUUAGAGAGGAAACCAACUGAGGAACUAGUAAAACAGUUGAGGCUUUCAUUUGUCAAGGGACCCUCUCCAGUUAGCGUCUUGGCUUGUAAGGCAUUGUUUGAUCUUGGAAUGUGGCAUGGUCCUCAGGAAGUUGACAAAUCCAUGGGAAAGGAUCUCUCGUCACAACUUCGCGACCAUGUGAUGGUGUUCAGUCCUGUUAAUUUGUGCAGUACAAAUGAGGAUUUGGAUAUUGAAUUACUUGAUUUGUUAUAUGCUGGACUUGACAGAUCUGAUUGGAGCACUACAGAUGCUGAUGAGAAUGAGUCAGUUCAAGCUGUUCUUGGGGAGGGAUUUGCAAAGAUUCUUCUUUUAAGUGAGAACUAUCCAAGCAUACCUGCUUCUUCACAUCCUUUACUCUUAGCCAAGCUUGUCAAUCUUUAUUUUAGUGAUCAAACUAAAGAACUGGAGAGGUUGAAACAAGGCCUCUCUGUGUUCUUUGAGCAUUAUCCAUCCCUCUCAGUUAAUCACAAGAAGUGUUUAUCCAAGUCCUUCAUCACAGUCAUGCGUUCAAUGUGGCCGGGCAUUAAUGGGAAUGCUGGGGGAGCUUCGCUAGUGGUGUCUAAUAUGCGUAAGCGUGCUAUUCAGGCAUCUCGAUUCAUGUUGCAGAUGAUGCAGGCUCCUUUAUAUGCAAAGGAUACUGAAACAUUGGAUGAAAAUGGUGGCAAGGAAUCACCAGCAGAAAUCAUUGAAGGUUCAGUGCAUCCUUCAAAUGACUUCGAGAAUGGAGAGGAAGGUCUUGCUUUACGUAUAGGUGCAGAGGUGGCAAGCUUCCCUGUGAAGAAGAAACCUGCCGAGAAAUCAUACAUUGUGGCACUAUGUAGAAUACUUGUCUUGCUUCAGUUCCGAUCGUCAGAACAAGAGGCAAUAAAGUUAAUGAGGAAGCUUUUGAAUCGUGUGGCAGAAUCUGUAUUGGCAGAGAAAGAUAUUGUAAAAGAGUUGAAGCAGAUGGCUGUACGUCUUAGAGCAGCAGAUGGAAAUCCAGACGAGGAAUUGUCACUGGAUCAGGCUAAUCUUAUUUUAGGGAGAAUGGAGUUGAACCUUAACCUUGACGCAAAUGAGUCCACAGAAAUGCCACCAACACCAGCACCACGAUCAACCAGACCAACCCGUGCAAGAAGACGAGCAAGACAAGAUGAAUCUUCCUCUGAUGACGAGAAUUCACCCACUUCAGUUGUUCCUACCAAUCCUGGCACGAUGAGCAUACGCUCACAGAGAGCAAGCAAGACUGCUGCACUUACCAAAAUGACAGCCAAUAGAGACGUCAGGAUCGAUGAUAGUGAUGAAGAGGAAGAAGGGUCCGAGGUAACAUCUGAAGAGGACUCCGAUGAAUCUGAUCAGGCCAUCGAGUGAGUUUGAUUAACAUGAUUGAAGGACUUUGUUUUUGAGGGUUGCUAUUCACAAUAGUAGCGACUGUAGGUAGCAGUUCUAUUUGUUGUAUAAUCGUUCGUUGGUUCAGUUAGGCUGAAUGGUUUUGUAGAGAUAUAUCCUAUAAUGACACAGUUGUAUGUGGAGCGUUUUAUUGUACCUUGCUUAUGCAUGAGUUAUCCUCAGUUCCUCAUAAGCAAAAAUAACAUACACAAAACCAUAAGUUUUAUUUUGGUUA